CACAGCAGUUUCUCAGGCUGCACAUCUGGGCACUUGGCCCUACAGAGUUGGGCAUAAUUCUGGGGACUACCGUGGGCCCAGCCUCCCAGUAGAUGACACUGUGGAGUUGGAAAGGCUGACCGCGGAAGUCAGACCAAAUAGCAGGAAGGCAUUGAAGCAAGAUGGAUUUGGGGCAGGGCCAGUCCCCUCUGACACCUCAUCAGACACCUCAGCAAGAAAAGAAAGUUCCAGAAGUCAUUGGACGUUGGAGUUUGCGAAACAGAGAACAACUCAGAAAAAGAAAAGCAGAAGCGCAAGAAAAGCAAACUUCACAGUGGCAAUAUGGAGAACAGAAGAAACAAAAGUGGCAGAGAACAGGAAAAAGAAAUGAAAAAGGUAGAAAGAAACAAAAUACAGAACUGAAGGUGAAGCCAUGGUCACAAGUAAAAAAGAAAAUGAUAAACAAAGCCCUGGAACCCACAGAGAAAGAAGCUGAGCUGCCGGGGAAUGUUCCCAAAGCUAUCCUUUCCGAAGCUUCCCCUCUCAAAGUUAUGUCUGAGAAACAUUUUUCUGAGUUAGACCAAGAAAGCAUUACACAUCAGGAAAAUACUUCCGAGUACAAAGAAACAGGGUCACAAAACGAACCAUCUGAACCGUGUCAAGACAUGGCCGAACCUGAAGACCUCUCUCCCAAAAGGUGCCAAGAAGCACCUGCACUUCAAGACCAUCCUUCUGAACUGUGUCAAGACAUGGCCGAGCCUGAAGACCUCUCUCCCAAAAGGUGCCAAGAAGCACCUGCACUUCAAGACCAUCCUUCUGAACCGUGUCAAGACAUGGCUGAGCCUGAAGACCUCUCUCCCAAAAGGUGCCAAGAAGCACCUGCACUUCAAGACCAUCCUUCUGAACCGUGUCAAGACAUGGCCGAGCCUGAAGAUCUCUCUCCCAAAAGGUCCCAAGAAGCACCUGUAUUUCAAGACCAUCCUUCUGAACUGUGUCAAGACAUGACUGAGCCUGAAGACCUCUCUCCCAAAAGGUGCCAAGAAGUAGCAAUUCCCAAAGCUUUUGCUCCUAAAAGAUCUGGAGACAUAGCUGACCUGGAAGUAUGCUCUCCUGAAGCAUCCCCCAAACCUGAUGUGCCUGAAGAUUGCACUCUUGUAACAUACCAAAACAGAGCUGGACCUGAGGAAUAUAACUCAGAAGCAGAUCAAGGAGUAGCUGAGACCAAAAGCUUCUUUUCGAACACGCAGCCAGAAAUAGCUACACCGAAAGACCUUUUGACAAAAACAUACCGAGAAGCAGUUAAACCUGAGUACUUCUUUCAUGAAACAUGUAGAGAAAUUACUAUGCCAAAAUCCCCUUCUCAUGUGACAAUCCAAGAAACAGCAGUUCCUGAAGAAUAUGUCCCUUCAAUAUACCAGAAAACACCUCCUGAAGGUUGUGCAUCUGAAAUGUACCAAGAAACACAGGGGCCUAGAAACUUCUCACCUGAAAUAUAUGAAGAAACAGUGGGUGGGAACUGUUCAUCUGAAAUAUGCCAAGACACAUCUGGGCCUAGAGACAAUUCACCUGAAAUACACCAAGAAACAUCUGGAUCUGAAUCCUGUUCACCUGAAACAUACCAAGAAUUUCCUGGACCUGAAGACCUUUCUACUAAAACAUACAAAAAUAAUGAUGUGCCUAAUGAAUGUUUUUCAGAACCACACCAAGAAACAGAGAUAAAAGAGAAAUCCAAAACAGAAGAAUCAGAGAUUCCAGCAGUUCCAAGCGUCACUCAAGAGAUUCAACUGGAAAAUGAUGUCUAUAAUUAUGUUUUGUUUUAACAAUGCUCAGUCAACAUAAUCGUCCAACAAAAUACACAUCUUAAUGUCA